UUUACAAAGUGAGAGCAAUAUAUUCAAAUUCGCGCUGCUGUGGGAGGAUGUCAGAUCAAUAGAUUAGCUGGUUUGGGAAAGACAGACAAGAACAUACAUGAUAAUAAGGAGGAGGAGGAAUCCAGUUUGACUGGCCUCUCCAUAGCCCUUGGGUAUACAGCUGAAGACAACGACUUGUGACUUUCGCAUUCUGUGCUGCCGACCACUCACCUUCUCCGCAUUACCUGCUAAAAGACGACGGCAAUAAUGGCACAGAAGCAUGCCAAGCCCAACUUCAGUCCAUCUCAGGUGGAGGAUGUGGUGAAGAGGCUCUUCAGGCUAACGGCAUCAGAAAUCCGCUCGCUGCCGAGCUACGGUGACCAGAACCUCUACGUUGCGGUAGUCGAGGGUGGCGAGUACGUCCUGAAGAUCAUGGACUCAGAGGAGAGUAAGAACCAGACCCUGAUCGAGGUGCAGACGUUUGCCAUGUCCUGGCUGCACCAGAAUGGACUUCCUGCCCAAACAGCUCUGCCCACUGCCUCCGGACAGCUCAUGAGUCUGGAGGAAAUGGACUGUGGCUAUGGCUGUCAGAAGUACCUGGUGCGGCUGCUGACUUAUUUGCCUGGAACCACCAUUUCCAAGGCUCCUUUAACACCACAGCUGCUGUAUGAAACCGGCAAGACAGCAGCCCGAAUGGACCAAAUCCUACAAGAGCUACAGCACCCUCAUCUUAGUGUGCUGCAGAGAGAGAAGUUCAUAUGGAGUAUGUCAAGUAUUCCCCUUUUGGAAGAAUACCUGAAUGUGUUCGACGGAGAUCCUCUUCUGGAGGUUGUGGAGGAUGUCAUUCAUCAGUACAAGACCACUGUGAUCCCCAAACGCUGCAAUUUCCGCAAGUGCAUUAACCACAGUGACUUCAGUGACCUCAAUAUUCUUGUGCAACCUGACGAGACUGACGGCUACAGGAUUUCUGGCAUCCUCGAUUUUGGAGACAUGAACACUGGCUACUACAUCCAUGAGCUAGCUAUCAACAUCAUGCAUAUGAUGACGGAGCACCCUGAACCCAUAGAGGUGGGUGGACCUGUCCUGGCAGGCUGGGAAAGUGUCAUUCCUCUUAAUGAAGCAGAGAGAGAUUGUCUGUAUUUGCUGGUGCUGUCCCGCUUCUGCCAGUUAUUGACUUUGUCUCGUCACAAGGUGAAACUGCAUCCAGAAAAUGCAGAGUAUCUGAUGAUUACGUCCAAGAGGGGCAUCCAUACUUUGCGCCAUCUCUGGGAGCUUGGAAAGGAGAAGGUGGAGAAGUUAUGGUUUCAGAGUGCUGCCCAAUUCAGUCACAGAAAGUGAGAAAGAUGUGAGGAAAACCAUUCAUUAAUGUAUCAGCUCAACAGGAUGAUUCCACUGACCUGGUUCUCAGCUAUCAUUUUAAGACAGCGAGUUAACAAUAAUGUAUUAUGAUACAAAGACACAGUAUGUCAUGUCUCCUGUUUGUUUUGUUCUUGUUUCUGGUUUUUGGUUUCUUGUUUAUGAUUUACAUCCUUGUAUUAUGUCUUGUGUUAUGUUUUGCUUUCUCCAUGUCUUGUGUCUCUU